ACGACGACACGGAUGACCACAAUGCCCACGACGACCACGUGGACAACCACACUGUCCACGGUUGUCACACAGGAAAUGACUGAGACCUCAGUUGUCAUACCAAAGACCACAGUGCACAUGUUUGUCACAGAAAAGCCUAUCCUUGAUAAAUCUCUCCUAUACCCAGUGCUCGUCCCAACCCUGCUCAUUAUCCCGGUGCUGAUCUGCUGCAUCUGCUGUUGCAUGAAUACUGACAAGGAGCCACCACCAGUGGAGAAAAUAGAAAGGGAGUCAGAGACGUGUAUACAGACAUGCAACAUGGUGAUUGUCCCUUGUUGUAGGUACCAGCAAGACAACGUGAGACAUAUCGAGGACAAACUGGAUACCUUGUGUGACUUUGUUCAAACCUGCAAUCAGCUGCCGUUGAUGUGGUGUCAGCCUAGGGACCAGGGUUGGUGCUUCAACUUCACCCCAGUGAAGCCCCUCUGCAGGCAGUCGCCCUGCCUUCCACCCAACCAGGGAUGCUUCCCCCUCAACAGCUGCUGCUCAGAGUGCCAACACCCCCCAACCGUAUACUCCCACCCACCCUCCAGGAUGCUGCCAUUGAUCUCUCCCUCUGCCGAGGCACUCUGCAUACCUACUUUGUCACUCCCACCCCCAUAGUCCAGCCUCUAAAGCCCCCCAAACCCAAGACUGUUAAGAGCCCUUUGUGUACUGUAUUGGACAUAUAUAGAGUCUUGAUAUAUGGUCAAAGGAGUUAGAAUUGUUGGUGAUCAACAAGAGAGUUUGUUACAGCAUCAGUCCACUGUAUGAGAUGUAUCUGUAGUGUUCU